AUGAACUCUCGCGAGCAGUCUGACAUGCCUCCGGCGCCAUCUUACCCGUCUCCUAACGGUGCGCAGAUGGCCCAGGGUGUGCCCUCGUAUUAUGGCAAUCGCCAAAUGACCACGGACGAGCUGCUGUCCGCGGAACUUUCGCGUGAUGCUUCUGGUCCAGGUAUGGGCGAAUCAAAUAAUAAUGUUCACCAUGGUCAGUCUAUGGUAUUGGGUUCCUCCAAUGCUGCUGACAUGGGUCGAACCUCUUCGGAGGAUCAACACCAGCACCAGCACAUGCUCCAAUUCCCGCCGAGUCAGCAGGUUGGUGUCGACCCUAACCAUGACUUGAGCUAUGGCGAACAGAGUGCGCGCAAACGAUCGAAGAUCUCACGGGCUUGCGAUGAGUGCCGCCGAAAGAAAGUUCGAUGCGAUGCGAGCUCGGAAACCGGCCUUGAGACAUGUUCCAACUGCAGACGCCUCGGCGUUGUGUGCCAGUUCAGUCGUGUCCCUAUGAAACGCGGCCCUAGUAAAGGUUACAUCAAAGAACUCGCCGAGCGACUCCAUACUCUCGAGAACCAGAUGCAACCAGGGAUCGUUCAGCCUGACGUGCCGUACCAGUCCAUGAAUGACGUGUCGCUACCAAGAGGUUACCAGGAUUUCGCAUCACCGGUGGAAUCGACCUCUGGCAAUCGCAAGAGGACUUACUCGGUCUUCGAAGGUCUUCCCAGUUCCUCGUUCGCACAACCUUCUUUCAACGCCCGCGUAUCGCAAAAUGCCUUCGACGCGUCCGAGACAGCGGCAGACCCGUACAACCCAGCUGUCGCCAACGGUAGCGCACCGAAACCUGGUAAUCUGUUCUGGAACCCCUCUGGAAAUGAGAAUGACCUCCCGAGCGGCCUUGAGAUGACUGAUUUGCCAAAGCAUGAAGGUUAUGAUCUGACACCAGUGACUUUGGAUGAAGGAGCUCUUGACGCUUACUAUCAGAAGAUCCACACCCUUCUGCCGAUUCUUCCCCACACCAAGGAGCGAACAUUGGAGCUUUUGCGCCAAUGCAAUCGCGAGGCACAGGAAAUUUUCUGCCACGCGUUGUACAGCGUUACUCGAACUGACAUGUCUCGCGUGGCGGGCAAUUUCGAGAAGAUCAACAGCUUUGACAAUGCUCAGGAUCUCCUCAUAUUCCACACCCGCCAGCCGUUGAUUGUCUACACGACUCCUGUCAACAUUAUCUGGCUUCAGUCGCUAUUGCUGAUGAUUAUCGACUGUGACACUCGUGGACCAGAUAAUUUCGUUAUGAAAGAUGGCGUUCCCAAGGGCACCUUGGUCCAGGCAGCCAAUAAGCUUGGAUACGAGUUGGCCAAGAGCCAAGGCCAGCUGAAGAACAAGCGAUCUGUAGAUCCCGAUGUCGACUCGGAUGCCAAUCUCACCCGGCGCAACUGGGUGUCUUUGGUUAUCUUGGCCCGAUGGUACGCUAUCAGUGUGGCAGAUGCCACCGUUCUAGGCGGUCAUGAGAUUGGCGGCCGUGAAGAUGAAAGGGUUGUUGGCCAAAUCACAACCGGAAUUGCUUCUUACUCAACGUUCCUUUCCGAGAUGGUAACCUUGGCUACCGUCGACCACAACGUGUGCCAGACUAAUUCCGGCCUAGGUCGUAUCAUCGGCGCUAACCUAGUCUCAUCCCUGGAGCGUCUAGCGGAGAUGGAGGACAUAUUCCAGAUCCACGAGCUACCCGAGAACUCUAGUACUCGUCCACUCUAUGAGAGUCUCCAGGCACAACUCUACUGGACCGUCCGUUUGCUCAUCAAGCGCCACGUCUUCGUGUACAGCCCUUACGAGAUCAUCUUCUGCGCACAGGAGGUCAUCAACGAGAUGCACAAGUCAACCAUGCAAUCUCGCCUCCCGUCACCCUUCGACCUGCACAGUCUAGCCCUCGCCUCAAUGACUCUUCUUGAGGCGACUGUUCUCCCGGAACAUGCUAGUGAGUGUUGGUCUACUCUUGAAAAAGUCGAAGAAAUCCUCGACCGCCGCUCCAAGCGCGCAGCAGAGGGAUCCGAGUUCGAUAAUAUCUUCGCCACCCCUGAAUGGGACUCCAAGAUCCGCAUCUUCCUCGAGUGGCGCCGUAUCAAGUCUCAAGAGAGCCAGCUACAGGAAGCUGAUAUCGACGCCAAGCCCCAGCAACCUGUGAUGGGUCCCAAUGAGCAACGUUCUCUCCAGCACCUUGCUGAUCUUGCUGUCGGUGCUGAGGGCUCUGUUGGCCAGAAUGCGCAGUCCACGCCCCCACCUGGUCUUGUCAAUGAACAGGGCGAAGCUGAUCAGAAUCUUGCUCCUCAGUUGACCCAGUCGCAGGGCGGGUCGGGGCGUGUUGUUGUUGACUUCACUAUGCUCACUAAGGAGGGAUAUCUCAACGUUUUCUCUGGGUUGAUCUACCGUCGCACACGUUAA